AUGGAAGGUGAAACAGCUGUAAUAUCAUCAACGAAUAUUGAUCAUAAAAAUGAUGUAUCAUCUCCAUUCAAUUCUAAAUAUCCUCAACAACAGCAACAACAAUCUCGACCUACAUCCACUAAUAUCCGUUCAAAUAUUGAAGAACGACAUACCCUACCAGAAAUACCUCAUAAUCCAUUAACUGCGACUGUUGCACAUGUUGUUUCAAGAGAACUUGGAGAAAAUUUUCUUAAAACUCCAAUACGUCCAGAAACUGUUAAAAAAUUAGUUGUAUCAGGAAAUGUUGAUGAUAUAACACAUCGUUUAUAUGUUCAACAUUUACGUGAAAUUCAAGCUAAACGAGAAUAUCAAUUACAAAAAAUCGGACAUGAUGAACAAUCAUUUUUAUUAGCUCAUAUUCAAGCACAUGAAGAUGAAGAUACUGAAGAAAAAGCACAUCUUACAAGUUUAUAUGUCGAUGAACAAACAUUAACAAGAGAUCAAGUCAUAUUACCACGAGAUUUUCUUAAUUAUAAUCUUCAAAGAUAUAUUAAACAACCAGCUAAAGAAGAAACAAAAUCAAAAGAGGCUAUAGAGAGUGUCAAACAAGUAAUUGAUGAUGAAAAAAAAUUGCCUAAACUUACUCAUCUAACUAAAAAGAAAACUUUAAAUACUUUAUGGAAAGAUCAAAUAAGUGUACCAGAAAGAGAUUUAAGUCGUGCUCGUUUAAAAAUGCUUGAUAAUCUAACUAAUUAUCAAAUAAAUCCACGAUUUGAUGGUAUUCGACAAAAUCAACUUAUUACAAUAGGACCUUCCUAUAAACCUCCAAAUCUAUUACCUGUAUUCGAAGCUGUUCCAUCGGAAAUUAUUUUUACUCAAUAUCGAGUUGGUGAUGUUCAUGAAACAACAUUAUGUUUACGAAAUUUAAGUAGUGUUGCACGUAGUUGUCGAAUUGUACCACCAAAAACACCAUAUUUUUGUGUUAGCCUUCCUCAAUAUCCAUCGGGUCAUUCACUUGUCGCUACUGGAUUAAGUGUUAUAUAUAAUAUUAAAUUUUCACCAGAUACAUUAGGUGUUUUUCAAGAUGAAAUUAUUGUACAAUGUUCAAAUGGAACAGAAUUUCCAGUUAAAUUAUUAGCUAAAAGACCACCACCAGUACUUACACUUCCAUCAUUGGUUGAUUGUGGUUAUUGGCUUGUUGGUGGACGUAAAAUGUGUGAAUUUAAAGUACGAAAUGAUGGUGGUGAAGGACGAUUUGCAAUUAUUCCAGCUGCAUCAUGGCCAUCAGUCAAUUUUAAGACUGUAGCUCGUAAUGAAACUGUUCAGUUACCACCAUUUGAAUUGGCUCCUCCAACACUUGAUCUUCGUCCAGGUGAUACGUUUUCAUUGCAUGUUUCAUUUAAUCCUCAUUUACCUGGUGAAUUUAUUGAAGAAUUUAUUAUGAUUUGUGAUAAUGGUGAAAUUUUACGAUAUAAAUUAAAAGGUGUAGGUCAAACAAUUCAAGUUCGUCUUGAAGAUAUAGAAGGUGGUGUUAUAGAUUUAAAUGAACUUGAAAUACGUGAUAUAUCAGCACAAUAUUCAAUUGGUUUUAUUUCAAUAAAUCCAUUUUCUUAUUGUCAAAAAAAAAUGACAAUCAAAAAUUUAACAAAUGUUGAAUUACCAUUUAUAUGGGCAUUACUUGAACCAGUACUUUAUACACGUGAAGAUUUUUCAAAACAAACACAACCAAUUGAAAUUGAAAGAAUCGUUUCUGAAACAUCACAAUUUCAUGUUGAACCUAGUCGAGGAAUAUUUCCACCAUUAACAACUGUAGAUUUUCGUCUUAUUUUUGCUCCAUCACAAAUUGGUAAUUUUCAUACAGUCUUCCAUUUAAUUGUACCAAAUGCUCCAACAUAUCCAACACCAUCACCAAGUGCAAAUCUUACUGGUAAUUUAAGUCACUUAGCUAAUGAACGAGCUCCUUCACCUGAUUUAUUACCUCGUAAUGCUGCAAGACCUUCAAUAAUUCCACCAACAAGUAUUCAAAUAGCUGAUUAUACAGUAUUACGAUUUGAAACACGUGGUACUUGUGAAAAUUUUAAAUAUAUAUUUGAUCCAUUUGCUAUUAUAUUUAUGGACAAAAUUUAUAAAAAUUUAGCAUAUAGAAAAGAUUUUCAAUUAACUAAUACAAGUAUUAGUCCAUUAAUGGUUAAUUGGGCAAAUAUGAUUGGUGAACAGAUUAUAAAUGUUGAACCAGUUGUUGCAGAAAUUCCUGCUGAUGCAACUUGUCAAUUUACAAUAAUUCUAACGGGAACAAAAGUUGGUCAAGCAAAAGUUGAAUUACCAUUUAAACUUGAUGGAAUUGAUGAUUAUGGAUAUUUACAUGUUGAAGCAGAUAUUAUUGGUCCUGACAUAGAAAUUGAUCCAAGUACACUUGAUUUUGGUUUAAUUGAAUAUGGAGAAAUAAUUGAAAAAAUUAUAAAAAUCAAAAAUUUAAGUCCAAUUAUUGCAAAAUGUCAAAUACAAGAAGUAAAUAAAGAUCAAUCUAAAUCUUUAAUAUCUCUACCAAAUGGUACUGAUUUCAUACUUAAACCUAUUGAAGUUUAUGAAAUGCCUAUUCGUUUAUUGGCUAAUGAAGAAGGUGCCUUAUUAGAACAUUUAGAAGUAAUCAUAGAAGAUGGCAAAACUAUACCUGUUGAAAUUACAGCAAUUAUUCAACGACCAAGUGCUUAUAUAUCACCAGUUGAACUUGAUAUUGGUGAAUCAUUUCUCAAUGUUCCAAUUGUUCGACAAAUUGAAUUACAAGCUAUUAAUGGAUUACCAACAUAUUUUCAAUGGGGCGAACCAACAUGCAUUGAUAAAAAUCAAUGUUUAAUUGAAAUAAAUCCUCGACAAGGAAUUCUUUAUCAUGGUAAACAAUAUUUUAUUGAUAUAAUAUUUAUUGCUCAACAAUGUGGAAUAUUAAAUGAUGAUUGGCAUAUACCUUGUUAUAUACAAAAUGCUGCACAACCAAUUUUUCUUAAAUUAAAUGCUGUAAUGAAAGAAAUGAAUGUAGAAUUUCGAUAUGAACAAAAUAUAUUUCAAUAUGAUGAACAGUUUACACUUGAUUUUGGUCGUGUUCCAUUAGGACAAAAAUCAUGUUUAGAAUUAGCUAUUACAAAUUUAACAGAUAUAGAAAGUGGAAUUAAAGCUAAAAUAGAAAAAUUUAAAACACGACCUCUUUCAGUUGCUAAUGGACGUAAAACACAAAAUUUUGAACCUAUUGAUUCAGAUAUUGGUAUUGAUGGUAUGGAUUCAAUAAAAGAAAUUCCUAUUCGAGUUCAUAUAACUGGUAAUCCAAUAAAAACAUAUUUAAGUACAAAUAAAAAUGAUAAAUCUUCAUCAUUACCUAUUGUACAAUUUGGUUCAAUGUUACAUAAUUCAUUACCAAUAAUAAAACAAGUUCAUAUGCAAAAUGUUUCACAUAUACCAAUACGUAUUGAUUGGGUUAUUUAUGAUAUAACUGAAGAUACAACCGAAAAUUCGAAACUUAUUGAACUUAUAUCAGUUAUUGAUAAUAAUCCAUUUGAUAGUUUUAUAAGUGACACAACUAUCACGGAAAAUAAUGAUGAGUUAAUGUCUCAAACAACAACAUCAACAAAAAUAGCUUCAAGAGGAAAUUCAGCUAUGUUAGCUCAUUCAUCGGUCAGUAUAAUUGAUGAUAAGCCAACACCAUUGAUUAAACUUUAUGUCAAACCAUAUCAAGGUAAACGAUCUCCUAAGACAAAUGCUAUUUAUUCAAUUUCAUCAACAACAAAAAUUGUUAAACCAAGAGAACAUUUUUAUCUUGAUAUAACUAUGACACCACGUAAUUGUCCAAGAAAAGAUUAUCCAAUGAAAUGUACUGCACGAAUUAUUGGUAUAUUAAGUGUUUCAGAAGAAAGACAAGGUUCACCAAGUCAAGGUUUUCAUCGACCUAUUUAUUAUGAACAUGAAGAACAAAUUGAAUUUGAAAUGCAUGCAUCACUUGAAAUGCCAUCAUUACGUGUUGAACUUAAUGAUGAUGAUUGUAAUGUUAAUGAAGUCGAAGCACUUUCAUUUGCUAUUCCUGUUGGUGAUAUAUUAUCAUUACAACCUAAUCUAUACAAUUGUACAAAACCGUCAUCAACAAAAUCAUCAUCAAGAGCAUCAGGAAAAUCAACAAGUUUAUCAAAUCGUAAUUGUCAUGAAAUAAUUUAUACACGUACAUUAAAUUUAUUAAAUACACGACAAUGUACAAUACCAUUUGAAUUAUCAAUAUCAGAUUCAUCAUUUCUUUCAGUACAACCAUCUACACUAACAAGUUUAACAUCACAAUCAAAAGUUAAUGUUCAAUGUCAUUUUCAUUUAUCAUCAGAUUUAAUUGAACGUUUUCGUUUAAUAAAUUUAAAUAAAAAUGAAUCAUUAUUAUCAAAAAUUGAUGAAACAAUAACAAUUGAACAUGGACGUCGUAUACAUUGGCAUGAACAAUUAUCUAUUAAAUUUAAACAAAAUGAAAUGGAACAAAUUAUACCAAUUGAUAUUCGUUUAUAUUUUCCAAUAUUAACUGUUAAUUGUGAUCAUAUUGAUUUUGGUACAUGUUUUCUUGAACAAACAAGACAAAAAGAAUUUAUUAUUAAAAAUUUAACUUGUUCAUCAUCAGCAUGGUCAAUACGAAAAGUUCACGCUAAUAGUCCUGAUACUUAUGAAGCAUUUCGAAUUGAACCAAAAUGUGGUAUAUUAACAACUCAAUUAAAUUCGAAAGAUAAAUCAGUUCAACAAGUCAUAUCAGUUUAUUUUACUGCUCGACAUAAUCAAACAUAUGAAUGUCAAUUAUCAAUUGAAGGUCUACUUGGAGAACCACCAAUGUCAAUAUUUUUAACAGGACAAGGUUCAUACGAUGGAAAAUAUGAAGCAAUUCUUGAUAUUUAA